GCGGCUUGCCACCUGUACAGUGGCAAGAUCGCAGCAGAUAUGUAAAGCCGACCACACAUUUCUUCAAAUAAAGCCUUGGCGACGUAUCUCAGGUCUACUAGAUGUCAACUGCUAGACAGAUAUAUCAGAGAACUAGCUGACCCAGGCAUUGGUCGAUUUCGCAAGACAUUACCAGCGGCGUCGGAGCGCAAAGGAGGAGAGAGGCAGCAGCAGCAUCAGUAAUCAGACUAUAGGACGCUCUACCUCCUCAGCUCCCUCCCAACCGCACGGCUAAGGCGGAUUCAACUGCAGCACUUGGGGGAACGUAUCGCUGGAUGUGGGUGAAGACUGUGUGAAUGCGCGUGUGGGAUAGCGAGAUCUGCUCAUCCUAACCCUAUGCGCCUUAAGAACGCUUUCCAAUCUGGCGGGUUCAGGACCGAGGCAGGUGUAGCGGCGAGGGCGCAUCCAUGAGCGUCUUCUCCCGGGACGGCAUGUUUUUAAUUUAACCGGAUUUGUUGAACAGACUGGGGAAGAGGAAAGGCGAGUUCGGAAGUUUUGAUGCAUAUGAUCACAACCACCAUGAUUUUUAUGAUUCUCGGUGCUUCAGUUGUCAUGUGGUCACAGUACCAGGUCAUGUAGCGGUUGCUGUGUUCCAAUACUGCUUGUCAUGUCCCGGUUGACUCGAAUGGUUCUUUGCAGGCGAUAGCGUGUUUAAUGGACAUGAACGCACUCCUGGACCGCUUUCACAACUACAUCUUACCGCAUUUACGAGGGGAAGACCGCGUCUGUCAUUGCAACUGUGGAAGGCAUCAUGUCCACUACGUAAUUCCAUAUGAUGGAGACCAUUCGCUCGUGGACUCAUCUGAGAAUUACUUUGUGAGUGACAGUGUGACCAAACAGGAGAUGGACCUCAUGCUGGGGCUGUUGCUGGGCUUCUGUAUCAGCUGGCUGUUGUUGUGGCUGGAUGGAGCUUUGCACUGUGCUGUGAGGGCCUGGAGAGCCAGUCGCUAUUAUGAUACCCCUUCCUGGUCGUGGUUGCCACAGUUCUGCAACCUUCGGGACCUCCGUAGACGCGCACAGCUUCGGCAACUGGAGGAUUCCAGCGGAAACAUGGUUCACAUCAAGCAGAAGCUCUACCACAAUGGCCAUCCCAGCCCCCGUCACCUCUGACUUUAACAGCAGUUUUCCUAAAACUGCUCCAUUACCAGCUGCUGCCUCAGAGACCCACUUUAAUCGUUCCACUACAUCUUUUAGACCUUCAAGAACCACUCAAGUAUUUGCUAAAAGAAGAAAGAACACUAUACGCUGACCCGUUUCCACCUUCGCCACAUUUGGCGGAUGAUUUAGAAAGGUUUUUUUCUGUACAGGCAUUUUAUUUUCAAUUGCUGAUUCUAGGCAUGCACUUUUAGAAUGGGGGAGGAUGCAAGAAAUGGUUUUAUGAGACAACAAUGGGAGUCAAUUCAUGUUUAUUCCUUGCUUUCCCCUCCACCUUUUUUAGCUUUUUCAUCAGGGUAUGACUUUUUGGGAGGGGGGGUGAUAAGCGGUUGGGAGGGCGGAGGUCAUGGUUUUGUGAUAGUAUAGUUAGAGUUAAUGAUCAUGUAAAUAGUUAUACAUUUUGUUUUAUGGGAUUUAAAUGGACACGGGAGUAGGAGGUAACUGUAUAAAAAGAGGGGAAAACAUAAAGAGGAAAGAAUUUUGAAUGCAGAUGUUAUAUGUGAACUUUUUGGAUGGAUGAAAAAGAGAUCACUCUAAAAAAAUUGGUUAGCUUUGUUACUAUGUGAAAUAAAUGAAUGUAUUCAUUUUAUCUGUAAAUAAAGGAGAGUGCAGGAAUGUUGAAAUGGGCGGUCAGGGCUCUUUUUGCUGUUUUGAACGUCAUGUGUGAGAGAGCCGCUAGCACUUUCCUUGUCUUCCCUACACUGUGUCCAAUAGCCCUUCCAGGUCUGCGUUUAAACUUCUCCAUACUCAAACAAGAACAACCAGCCUGCCAGCACAGAGAGCCCUGACCCAAUUUUCUCUUCCUCUUUAUGUCCAGACAUUGCUGUUGUGAAGAUAAAAUGUCUGUUUUAUUAAAAGUGCCAUUGAAGCACAACAGUGACCCCUA